GUGCAUACAAGUACAACAAAAGAACGCCACCAAUCAAUUGAUCAACGAGGCGGUAAACCAGUGCGAGAAGGAUCUCCAUCCAACGGUCGUUUUCUUCCGAACAACUGGAGAUUUUUUGCUUCAUUCUAUCGUUUAAAACGGCCAAGAAGAAAAAGAAAACCGGAGAGUGAGCGAACAUGACGAUAGGAGUUAAAGCAUCGCAUUUGACGGUUGUGCCUCAAGCGCUUGCGGUUGCUGGUGCUGUUAUGGUAUUGGUUUGGUGCAUACACUUCAGAGGUGGAUUAGCUUGGGAAUCUUCAAACAAAAGUCUCAUCUUUAAUAUACAUCCUGUAUUGAUGUUGAUUGGCUUCAUUAUCUUGGGCGGUGAAGCCAUUAUGAGCUACAAGGCAUUGCCUCUGAAGAAGGAAGUGAAGAAAGUCAUACAUCUUGUGCUCCAUACCAUUGCACUAAUUCUGGGCAUUAUUGGGAUCUAUACGGCAUUCAAGUAUCAUAAUGAGAGUUCAAUAACCAAUCUCUACAGCUUGCAUUCUUGGCUUGGGAUUGGAAUCAUUGUCCUUUAUGGCAUUCAAUGGAUAUAUGGCUUUCUUGUAUUCUACUACCCUGGAGGAUCGACUGGAUUAAAAAGCGAAUCCCAUCCUUGGCACGUACUGUUAGGUCUGUUUGUAUACAGCUUGGCUGUUGGCAACGCCGCCCUAGGGCUCCUGGAGAAGCUUACAUUCCUUGAGAGCUCAGGCCUUGCUAAAAAUGAUGCUGAGGCCUACCUUGUAAACUUCACAGCUAUUGUCACAAUAUUAUAUGGAGCCUUCGUAAUAUUUACAGUUUUUUCCCGGCCUGCUCAAGAUGACUCCAGCUACAAGGCUAUAUAAAUCUAUGUAGUGAUGAAUGGAUACAUCUAUUAUCUGUAUUUUUAGACAUGAAAUUGUAAAUAAUUAAUAUAAUAGUGGCAAUUUAUUGGACCAAUGUUAUGAUUUUAUCUAUAUAUGAAUG